UUAUUGAAUUUUUUAUAAUAAUAAAAUGGAUACGAAAGAGGAGCUGAGUGGGAGUUUGAAGGGAGAGAGUGAAGGAGAGGAAUGUGAAGAGCAGGAAGUUUUGGAUAUUAAAAAUAGCAAAAUAAAGCAGGAGGACGAGUAUUUGAACUCAAGAUGGUUUAGAAAAUCGCUUGAAGCUCGUCUUGAGGUAAUAGUGAAAUGUAGAAAAAGCAUAUUAGAGCAUCAAAGAAAUAAUAAAGACUUUUACCAAAUUGAAGAAUAUAAAUGGCUAGAUUUUACUAUGAAAAACAUGACAAACCUAAUAAUAGAGAAAUUCAAUUUCGCUUAUAAGAAAAAGAUGUUUGAAAAUUUUAGAUAUUUACUUUCUGAAAUUGAGUUCAUUGAGGAUACUUUAAUGAAAAACAAACUCUUUUGCAAGAUUGCAGAGUGAAAAUAAUUGGGAAGGAAUGUUUAAAAAACUUAAAUGAAAUGCUGAAAACAAUCGCCUAGCUAUUUUAAAGCCAUCUCAUUAUAAGAAGAAUAGACAAGACCAUCUAAAAGAAAGCAAAAAACAUAAAAUUGAGGAGCCGCAAGAUUUGCAACAGAGUGUUAUUGCUUUCUCGCAAGAAGAGGAAAGCUCAAAGAAAGAAUUUAGAAGCACAAAAUUUUGAAGGCUAAUGACAUGGAAAUGCGCCAUAUUCUACAGUUUUUUUCUAAUAUUAGUCCUUGCAUACAAAUAUCUCGAUGGCUACCAGGUUUAUUAUGGCAGAAAAUUAAUUAUAUCAAGUAAUCCAAUUGAUUUUGUCGAGGAAAUAGAUGACUUAAGAUCCAAGCUUAGCAAUUGAGAGGUUCAAAAUUCUCAAUAUGAAUACAAAUUCAUUAUUCUGGAGGGCAUUUUUGAAACUCAUGACAGCAAGCUCAAAAUUGCUUAUGAAUCAAAAUGCGAUCAAUCGAAGCAGCUUGAAAUCACGAAGACCAUCGAACUUAGCGAAUUUUGCCAAAGAAUAAUCAGUAUCACCACUGAAGCUAAUGCGGAUAAAAGAAAAGCUCUUCGAAAAGUAAAUAGUAAUCUUAUGAAAGAAAUCAAUUACAAAGACUAUUGGAUAGAAUCCCUCCUCAAAGAUAAAAACAAGGCUUACUCAAUAGCUGCUUUGACAAAGAUAUUCACAAUGAGUUUGAUACUCCUAAUACUUUUUGACUAAUCAACAUACAAUAUUUGGUUGUUCUUCGAGCUGUAUACAUGAAAUUUACCUGAUAGAGUCUCAAUGCUUCAUAGGAAGGGUUUGAAGAGCUUGGCUGUAAUAUUUAUAACGAAGUUUAGACCAGUGAGUUAGACUAAACUCACUGCAUCUUGUAUUAUAAAUCUAGUAUAGAGUUGGC